AAAGCACUGCUUGAAGUGCUUGGGGGGUGGUGUUUUUUUUGGCAUGUGUUGAGAAGUGGAACAGGAAAGUUAUGCUGGGCCCUUUUUGAAGGGUAGGAUGUGGUCUCCCUUAACUGCAACACCUGCUUCAAUGGGAAGGAUGAGAUGUCUACAAGAGCCUGUUUCACAAACCAGCAGCAGGGAAAUUGAGGCAGAGAGAAGUGAAUUACUCAAGGUCAUGGGGAGGCAUCUCUCCAAAACGGACACAACCUGAAGUUCCUGCUCCCAGUACCAAGCUCAGACCAGCUGGGGUGAAAACACCUAUAAAUGGAAAGUGAAACGAAUCCAUCCGUGUAACGUCAAAGACAAAGAUGGUGCAAGUAGUGUUUAAAAACAGCCAGAGGUUUCCAACCUAAAAGGGUCCCUGCAAUACCUAGAAGCUCACUGUGAUCAAGACCCCAUUGCUCUAAGCGCUGUAAAUCCAGAGACGGGCUGCAGGUAGCAGGAGCAGCGUUUCUAGGUACGGUGCAUGUGAGCAGACCAUCCUUCCACGGGAAAGCUGAGUGUACAGCCGAGACAUGUCCUUAAUCUCUUGACUCACACUUCAAGGUUUUGUCUACUGGACCAUGUUUUCUUAUAUCAUGGUUUGGCAGCUAAAUAACUGGCUGAUUUUUCAGAGGUACCGAGUUUGGAGACAUCCAAGGUUGUGGAUGCUCAGCACUUCUUAAACAAACCAACCAACCAAAAACCCUCACAACCCCCCCCCCCCCCCCCACCAGGCCACUAAUCAUUGGAUGCCAAAGCAUAGGACAUCAUUUAGACAACUACAGGGAUUUCAGUGAACUUACGCUGAACUGAAGGAACACGAUAACAACUGAACCCUGAAAAGCAUAGAGAUUUUAAUCUUGACCGGUUUCCCUAAAAAGGCACGAGGGACAUCGCACAGUACCUAGAAAAUGACUGAAAAUAUACUGGCCGUCUCCAAGCCUCACCAACACCAAACAGUCCUCAACAACAAGCUGCACUAUCACUCCUUAGUGCUGGCAAACAUCCUGUGUAGCAACCCACGCAGGCACAAACAACAACGGCUUCCAGUUUGCACGCCUCCCGCAAAGUGGUUUCGAGAGACGCUGGGAAUGAGAAGCACCAUUUUCAAAGCUGUUCAGAUAAAGAGAAGUGAUUGCAGCGAGGCUCAGACCGUUUUCAACAAACGUGUUAAUCGUCCGCACCCGCCGUCUGGCCUCGGUGGUUGGCAGCAUGGAAGCGAGGGACGCAGGUCUGAAAACUUAUGCUGAACAGCAAAGGAGCAAGAAGAAGGCCUGUUCCUCACGCUGCUUUCUGAGAAAGGAAGAGAUUCAGGGAAGAGAAGCUGUGUCCCGUGAAGGAGGUGUGGUACAGUUUGAAGACUCACUUCACCCAAGCUGUCUCGGCCAGGAUCAGAGGCAACAACCACUGGAGUCCAGCAAUGGGAAACCAUCAAAGGAAGAACAAUCCAAGGCUCACUUCAGAGAAUCCAGCUCAGCCACAAGCUAUCUUCCCAACGUGUUACUGGAUGAGUUGUUGAUGGAGGUUCUCCGAGAUUUGUCCUCUGAUGUCUUCAGAAGUGCCGUGAAGGAUUUUGUUGAUGACUAUUUAGGAAGGGCUGCCAUUUUUGACAGCAUGGAUGACAUCGUGACAGAGGUGGUUCAGACGAUCUUGUCACCAUUACCUCGAGAGACUGUGCAAGAGAUGGACUGUGAGGAUAUUCUCGAAGGGAUCAUUUCACAUGUCAUUGUGGAGGACGCCACAGCUUUAGCUCACUCAGUCCUGGGUGAAUAUGAUGCCAAGCUGAUUAAACUGCAGCAACACCAGGUUACAGCAUUUGCGAGUAAACAGCUUAUUGACAUAUUUCUUCUGGAGCACUUGAUAGGAACGAUUAGUAUGCAGGACCCAGGGUUUUCGGGGAAGGAGCACUCAAGCGUGGUUUUGGCAAGCUGGAUGUUUGAUAUUCUCAUCAGGCAGUUUUUAAGCAUUCAGGAGGUGCAGCAAACUACCUUGGAAAACGUUCCCCUGGGAGAUUUCCAUCGGAAAGCUUUUACAGAGGUGGCUUUAGAUGUUAUCUUGACCGAACUGAACAACCUGGCGGAGGAAGACAUGGAAGAUCUACACCGCUAUGAAAGAGGAGUCAAGGCCGAGGCAUCCUUUCCAAUACAUCCACGUCCCACCUCAUCUGAUUCCAGAUCCAAGUAUCUCAUCGUGCUUGCAGCAACGGUAGGGCAGAUCCAGACAGCAUUGCCUCCUGUAAAACGUGAUGCCAGGAAUGCCAGAACCCUAUGAAAUAUGCUGGAAGUAGAGAUGAUUUCUGCCCGCUUCAACUUUGGAGUAUUUUUCUGAGUCACAGAGCGAGACAGCACAGUGGAGAUGAACUUCAUCAUAGUCCCCAAUGAACUUGAAGACGGUGACGUGGAAA